UCGUACUGGGUAUGACUGCGCAUGUGACAAAUAAAAUUUGAAUAUGAUUUGAUUUUGGUAAAAAUGGAAGGUAAAAAUAACUUCAGUAACAUAUACAGUAUUUAUUUUAGGAUUUUAUGUAGAAAGUUAGGGAAGGUAUUCCAGAGACUUGCGGGGUUUAAUCUCUAGAUGUGUUACAGAAAUCAGAAACGUGGAGGUAAAUUACUGUACAUCUGUUUUCCUAAAAAGUUUGAAAACUAUGCAUGAAACGGUUAAAGUUGCAAUUAAACAUCCCAUAGUCAUGUAAUUCCUGUAUAUUUUCCUGAUUCACUGGUAGAAUAGAAUAAACAUUGCACUUAGGAAUGUAUGGGGAACACUAGAAUAGUGAUAUGGACGUAGUGCUAAAAGUUUCCUAAUUGUUUACUCAAACUUUCGUUCUUUUCAAAACACAUAUUUGUCUCCACACAGCAUUGUUAGAUGACGGAAAUCAGUGCAGUUUCACCUGUACACCCUACAGACCGGCUUAGUAACAUUCUUAUGCAAAUCAGCAGCACCUUAAACUCCUCCUGACUCCCGGACCAGUUUGUAGUUAAAGUAAAGUUUGUUGAAUAGAAGACACAGCUCGGGGUGAGAUUUACAGAAUUUGGAUUUUUCCGAAACAAUUCAAAAUGGCAGAACCUACACCACAGAAAAACGCUCGUCACGAUUCCGGCAUUGGUGAGAGAUUUAUGUAUUUCAAAAAAGAAGAUUUUGAAGUAGACUGGGAGAAAAUUUCUGAAGGAAAGUUCGGACACGUGUACAAAGUCAAGCUUAGACUGUGGCGGGAAAAGUGUGCCAUUAAGGCUUUUACAACCUCCAGUGAUCACAGGAACAUGUUGCAGGUCGCCAAAAUAGGAAAGAUCAAAUUUAAAUACUUGUUGACUAUUUAUGGGCUUUGCAAAGACUCAGCUGCCGCAGUGAUGGAGUACAUCAACAGAGGAUCCCUGGAUAAUCUUCUCACAACUCAUGCUCUUAUGUGGCCAAAGAAGUUCCAGAUGAUCCAUGAGGUGGCCAUGGGCAUGAACUUCCUGCACAGCAUGAAGCCGCCUUUCCUUCAUCUGAACCUGAAGCUAUCCAACAUCCUCCUUGAUGAUCAUCUUCAUGUGAAGAUUUCAGAUUUCGGGAUAAUUAAAUGGGCCGACUCUUCAAACAAGACAGCAUUCAUCGAGCAUUUGGCAGCAAGAGGAAACAUUAACUAUGUCCCACCUGAGACCUUCAGCCAGAACCCCGAACCUCCUACUUCAAAAUAUGAUGUUUACAGCUUCGCCAUCGUGAUAUGGGAGAUCCUGACCCAGAAAAGACCGUACUGUGGGAUGAAUAUGACUGAAAUAUUGAUCAGAGUGACAUCUGGCAAAAGGCCCAGUGUGGAGAAGGUCCCAGAUGACAAGCCUCAUGAGUGUGAGGAGAUGAUCAGCAUAAUGCAACAAUGCUGGCGCCAAGACUCCAGUGAACGUCCAGCUUUUUAUGAGACAGUACAGAUGACUGAAGCUUUAAGCGAUGUCCUGAAACUCCCAGACAAGAUUCCAGGCAGGGAAGUAAAUAAGAGGUCACAGAAAAUUGAAAAGUCUCAGUGUCUGUCAGCCUUGCAGAGAGAAGAUUCACAGGAAACACCAGAACGCCAUUCAGAUAAAGACAUUGUGUCCUACUUGAAACGCAAGGACUUUGAAAGCUUCAAGAAUGUGUUAAAGAAAGAGCAUGUCUCGAUGCGCUUCAAAGAAGACAACUCGCUCCUUCACUAUGCUGUCGCCAGCGGCAACACUGAAAGCGUUAGGCUGGUGUUAAAUCACGGGGCAUCAGUGAAUUGCCAGAGUGCCAACGGAUACACACCGCUUCUUGUCGCAGUGCUGAAGAAGUUUCACGAGAUCUGCGGCCUGCUUGUGGAACACGGUGCUGACGUCAACCUCACCGAACAGGACCUGUGGACGGCUCUGCAUUUCGCCUCCCAGAGUGGAGACGACCGAGCUGUCCGACUUUUACUGGACGCCAAAGCCACGGCUGAUGUGAAAGACAAAGAUGGAUGGACACCUCUACACCUCGCUUCUCAAAAUGGUCAUGAGAAUGUUGUGCGCCAUCUUCUCUCUCGCUUGAGCAACGUAGACAAACAAGAAGAACAAUCCGGAAGGACGGCACUCCACACGGCGUGCGAGUAUGGUCACCUGCGCAUAGCCAAGAUCUUACUGGCUAAAGGAGCCGACCCAAACAGGACGGAUAAUACUCAAACCACCCCACUGCACCUAGCAGCCGAGCAGGGCCACUUCCGGGUAGCACGGCUUCUGGUGAACAGCGGCGCAGACGUGAAGCUCAAAGAUGACCGUAGUUACAGCGCCCUGCAUUUCGCAGCGCUCCAAGGCUGCACGGGCAUCUGCAGGCUCCUGCUAAAUAACGGCGAGGACGCUGAUGUCAUGACAGGGCAGAAAUGGACACCCAUGCACUUGGCAGCACUUAAGGGACACUCAGAGACUUUGUUAGUUCUGGAGGAGAACGGUGCCUCUGUGGACAUGCAAGGUGAAGGAGGGUGGACGGCGCUGCACCUCUCGUGCCACCACCGGCAUGACGAAGUCGUCUCGGUGCUGAUCAACGCCGGGGCGAACCCAAACGUGGCUGAGGAUGGAGGAUGGACACCGCUGCACUUGGCGUGCCACAACAGAGGCUUUGCCAACGUGCUUUUGCUCAUUGCUGGACACACCGACAUCAACGUUCAAAACAACAGCAAGGACACACCCCUGCAUCUGGCUGUGCAAUCGGGAAGCGUCCCGAUUGUCAAAGCCCUGCUGUUGAACAAUGCAGAUAAGUACAUAGUCAACUGCAAAGGAUAUACAGCAUUUGAUUUGGCUCAGCAAGCCAACAAUGAGGAGAUGAUUCAGUUACUGAAGCUGUAGAAGACAAGGUGACCAGGACAAGCAUUCAAAAUCACACGUAAUAACAAAUAACACCUGGAAGCUGGAGAGGAGGAAGAGCCGCAUUGAUCUCGCCUAUUGAUUGUGUCGUUCUGCAUAUGUUUUUUUUUUGUUUUGUUUCUUAAAAGCCUAUUGAUUGGCUCUGGGGCAUUUUCAUAAUGUGAUGAAAAGGCCUUCCUCGGGUAUUGCUCUGUCGUUGUAGUGAAGAUAUUCUUCUAUGAGCACUUUGUUAAUAGUUGGAUAUGAGUUCAGAGCACUUUUAUAGUGUAACGAACGACCAUUCACAGGAACAUCUUAAUGCAUCCACCCAGAUCAUUUCUUCCUUCAAGGAAUGAAGGUCAUUCAUAACAUUCCAUUCCUUUAACACAACAUACCUGAGAGUUCACAUCUGCUCCGACUGCAUUCUUCACUCUUUGCCUUAUAUAGAGAUCCAGUGAGCUUUACACUAUAGCACUGAUUUUUUUUAUUUCUGAGAAGCUUGUGGUCUUAAGAAAGCAUUACAUACACUAAUGAAAAAAACAGAAAUUUCCAAAUGACCAGCAGUGACAUGUGAUAUCAAAAGCUUACACACUGAAACUUUUUAUAUGAAGCAAAUUGGUCUUAAUAGUAAGUGUGAGAACAUGCUGAAACAUGCCGUGAAUAUAAUGUACACAUAGCAGAAAUCCAGCUUUUAUUGGGCUGGCUCAGAAUAAGAAUUUUAUGAGCAAUAAUAAUCAUCUGUUCGUUUAAUGGAAGAUCAAGCAUCUAUCAUGCACCAUAUACAGCCUCCUGCUGCUGCUGUGCAAGGAAAAGAGGAGCUGGUAGUGUAUUAAGAACCAGAGCAGGAUUCGUAUAUAAGAGAAGGAAGACGAAGUUCUAUAACACAACACUGUCUGGUCAAGUGAUGUAAUGUGAGUUAGGGAAAGAUGUCAUAAAAAAUUUGCUUAUCUGACGAUAUCUCCUUCUCCUUAUCAGAAGGAUUUGUUCAUUUCUAUCCACAAAGACCAUUCCCACACAGGUGCUUGUUCAGUUCCUUGUCAUUUCCAGACUGGACUUCCGUGCAGGUCUGCCUCUGAGCUCGGCUAAUGAUCUGGAAUGUAGCUUAACUUCUCCCAUUGCUACACUCCACUGGCUUCCUGUAGCAGAUUUAAAACUUGCCUACAAAGCCAGAAACAACCAUUUACCUCAAAGCAUUGACCACCAAACUCUCGCAUUGCUCGUCCAGCAUCUCUCAGGGUACAGCGAAAGUACGCAUCAAAACUCUUCUCUCUGUUCCAUAUAUCCUCCCCAAAAGAGUUUUUAGGCUGAUGGUGUUCUUGGUCUAUGAUCUACUGAACCAGGAUCAGGAUGUAGAGACUUCAAAGCACUUCUGGAUAAGAGUCUCUGCCAAAUGUGAUAAAUGUAAAUGAAAGCACUUGCAUGCUAAAAAGCUAAAAUGUACAGCUCUUUAAACUUGACAUAAAGUGUUAUUUAGUCCUACAGUUGCACGUCUUAUUAGCAGUUUUUUACUACCUGAGAAAUAAGACAACAGAUAUGGUGCAAAUGAUACCUUAUAUUUAUCUUUUAAGCUCUUCUUCUUCUUCUUCUUCUUUUGGCUUUUCCCUUCGCCACAGCGAAUCAUCUCUCUCCACCUAUCCCUAUCUUCUGCAUCCUCAACACUUGCACCCACUAGCUUCAUAUCCUACCUUUAUUUUAUUCUUCAUAUCCUACCUUUACAUAUUCUAUCCUACUACCUUUAUUACAUCCAUAUACCUCCUCUUUGGACUUCCUCUUUGCCUCCUGCCUGGCAGCUCCAUGUCCAACAUUCUCCUACCGAUUCACUCACUCUCCCUCCUCUGAACAUGUCCAAACCAUCUUAAUCUGGCCUCCCUAACUUUGUCCCCCAAGCGUCCAACAUGAGCUGUCCCUCUGAUGUCCUCUUUCCUAAUCCUGUCCAACCGUGUCCCUCCCAAAGUGAACCUCAACAUCUUCAGCUCUGACUCCUGUCUCUUAGUCAGUGAAGAGGAAUGUCUUUGUCUUUUAAGGUACUUUUCUUUAUUAAUUCAGCUUCACAACUAGAGCCAAUUUCAUUGUUGAAGCAAGCCGUAACAACGUGCAAUUACAUGUUAUUACAAAGUGAGUGUGGCAGGAGAGGACAGGAGAGAGAAUUAAUUAGCUGCAUUGUACAUUAUAAUGUAAAAUGAAGACUUUUGUUUAUUUUACAGACGUGUUACUUGGUUUUCAUUGUUCACACUAAGACUAGCAUGACAAUCUUUAAUGAUAAUCAUAAUAACAAAACCGAAGCUUCCUGAUGCUCAUUGACAAUGUCCCCCCAAGGAGAACCAGAGCUAUUGAUUGUGUCCAGUCUGUUGGCUUUAGCGAGAGGCUUGCUUUAUUGUUCUUGUCAAAUGCUAACUAGAUGCCCUAUUAAAUCACAGCACCGUCUAACAGUCCAUUCCAGUGCCCUGUGUUGUUU